AUGAAGCGCCUCACUGACCGUCUGGAGUUCGAUUACUCUGUCGGAGACAUGUCGCUCGGUCUAAACCCCCGGCGACACUGCUUUUAUAAUCUUCUGCCUGAGCUUCAACGUACAAUCGUACAUUACUUGGACUUCUGGGACCAAGUCGCGCUGGUUGAAAGCCACCUAUUGGCUCCAGAAUUCGUCAUUGGAACCAGGCGUAUAAGUGAGUACGAUGAAGAUGGCAACAGUCUUUUACAUGUCGCGGUGAAACAGAAUUAUGAGAGAGCUAUAAAGUUCCUACUUUCUGCUGGUGCUCCCGUCGGCGCAAAAAGCGAAGCGAAAUGGGAUCAUAGGGCCACCCCCUUAAUACUCGCUUCGCAGCGAGGCAACCCUUCUGUUGUAAAGAUGCUCUUAGACAGCGGGGCCUCUGUCAACGAGUGGAAUUAUAGCGGGGUAUAUCCGCUCCACUAUGCUUCAGAAAACGGACAUACCAGCGUUGUUCAGCUGCUUCUUGAGUCUAGCGCCAAACAAGAAUCCAACUAUGAUGUUGGGACACCUCUCCACCUCGCCGCCAGCAAUGGACAUGCAGAUGUGGUACGUGUCUUGAUAUCCCAUGGAGCGGAAUUAGCCUCGUUGCGCCGCGGAGUAACAGCGCUCUGGCUUGCUGUCGCAAAUUGUCACCCCGAUUGUGUCAGAAUUCUUCUAGAGGCAGGGGCCGCUGAAUAUGAACCUCGAGACUCCGCCUGGACCUGGCCUCUUCUGCAUCUGGCUGCCACGGGACCCCACUUGUCGUGGGUAGAUGGCUUGGUUCUGGAACCGAGUGUCGAAAAGAUUACCCGUCCUCCAGCUCUGACCUGGAAACCGGAGGAAAAGCAGUCAUGGGCUGAAAUUAUACGGCUCCUUGUCACAUCAGGUGUCGAUGUUAACGAGGGAUUUCAGUCAAUAACGCCACUGCACCUUGCUGCUCUGGUCGGUAAUUAUCCUGGAGUGGAAAUCUUGCUAAAUGCAGGGGCCGAUGUCCUUUCAAGAAACACAUAUGGUCGUUCGGCGCUUAUUUUUGCUUGUCUCUUGGACCACAAAGAUAUCGCCCAUCGACUCUUAAACGCAAAGCGAGAAAGAACAAAUGAGAAGAAACCAGUGAUAGGCCCUAAACCGAAAUUAAUAGCGAGGUGUCGUCAGUAG